CAGCGAGGGAGAUGGUGUCGCUUUGACGGACUCGCAUUGCUAUUAGCCAGGGACAAGGAGACUGUGGCGGAGGAGACUCCGGUCUCGUCUGUAGGCUGGCCUCAUAGGUGUCAUUCUGUGAGGAUGACUUCCUUGAAGGUCCCGGUCAUCGAUGUCCAGAAUGAUAAUUUCAAAGAACUCUGGCCAUCCAUGCUCUUGGCCAUCAAAACUUCUAGUUUUAUUGCUAUUGAUACGGAACUUAGUGGGCUUGGAGCAAGGAAAAGUUUGUUGAACCAAUGUAUUGAAGAACGAUACAAAGCUGUUUGCAAUGCUGCCAGAACACGCUCCAUUUUGUCUCUAGGAAUUGCUUGUUUCAAACAGCUCCCUGAUAAGACGGAAUACACAUACCUCUCCCAGAUCUACAACUUGACCCUGCUCUGCAUGGAGGAUUAUAUCAUUGAACCACAGUCAGUUCAGUUCUUGGUGCAACAUGGCUUUGACUUCAACAAGCAGUAUUCUCAAGGCAUUCCCUAUCAUAGGGGCAAUGACAAGGGAAAUGAAAACCAGAGCCAGACUGUCCGUACAUUUUUCCUGGAACUGAUCCGAGCUAGGAAGCCUCUCAUCCUGCACAACGGUUUAAUUGAUCUGGUCUUCCUGUACCAGUGCUUCUAUGCUCACCUACCUGACAACUUGGGCACCUUUACUGCUGAUCUUUCAGAAAUGUUCCCAGCUGGCAUCUAUGACACCAAGUAUGCCUCUGAGUUUGAGGCACGCUUUGUGGCUUCUUACUUAGAGUAUGCCUACAAGAAAUGCAAACGUGAGAACUGCAGGUUGAAGGACUCCAAAAAGCAGCACCUCAGCAUAGAGUUCUGCAACUAUCCUGCCAGUAUAGCUUCCUACAUUGAUUACCGCUUCUGCUCUCUGUCUGAUGCCAACCAACCUGGGAUCGACACUACUAACAAAGUAGCCAUCUGCCAGACAUUUUCUGCUUAUGGCUGGUGCCCAGAUGGGCUGAAGUGUUCACAGUCUCACAACAUAGAUCUGAUAAUUAAUGAGGAUGAGAACCACAAAGAGGAGAAGCGGAAGAAAAGGAAGCAGAAAUGGAAGCGGCGGAAGAAUUUUGUAGAGCACUCAAAACAACCUGAGUUACAAAGCACUGAGAAGGAUGGAGAAGUGGUGGUGGCUUGUAAUAUGGAAGAGGGACCCCCUUCCAAGCAGUCCUGUCCUAGCAAUGCAAUUGCUCCUACUGUAGACUCUGCAGGCACAGAGACUGUGUCUAGUAAUGAGGAGUGUUCUAUGGAUGUGGAACGAGAACUAGGCUGCGACAGUGCAGCUGAUGCCAAGAUGGAUGAGGAACAAAACAAUGCCACAGACAACGAGGACAUCACUUCUUCGCCAUUCAAAGAUGGCCAGCAAGAAAAGGCAGCAGAGACUGAAGGAUUGAGGGCAAAGGUGCAGCUAGAAUGUGCUACUGCAGUGAUCUUAUCUGCCACAGAGAAUCCAGUGACACCUAUGCCUAGGUGUUCAGAGGGGGGUAUUCACCGGGCUGGCUUUGAUGCCUUCAUGACAGGUUAUAUCAUGGCAUAUGUCCACAUGCUCAAAAAUGGUGAACAUGAAGACUCCAAUGAAGGGCCUUGGUUGCCAGACUGUCACAACAAACUGUACCUCAGUGGGAAGUCUGUGCCCCUUCAGAUUGUAAAAAGUUUGUUUUCUAAAUCCUCCAAAGCUCACAGCCAGAAGAUGAAAUUGGCUUGGGCUAGUAGUUAGAGCCAGAAUCACCACUAUAGAAGACUCUAAAUAAGAACUGCUAGGAACUGCUGGAAACAGAGCAACAUCUAGCCACAAUCCUCAAACCAGAGUAGUGCUACUUGGAAUAGGUGGCAUAAGAGCGGCAACAUGCAUGUGGAUUUGUUUUUAAACAUUUGCACAAUUAAAUUACUCUAUACUA